AUGAACAGAGGAUCUCUUCUUAGCCUAAUCCUACAACUGCUUACUGCACUAGCAGUCAAUGCUCAGCAGAAUCUAUUUCCAUUGUCGAUUGGUCAAAUAAACCCACAACAAGGGCUCUUCCCAUACUGGAAUAUUUAUCAACCUCAGCAACCCACCUUCAUAAACGCUGAAAGAAGACUUAAAAAAUGUUGUGCUAAGCUGAAUGAGGCAGACGAAGCGUGCAGAAGCCAAUAUUGUGGCUUUGAAGCUCUGAGCUCUCAAACGGUGCUCCUCUACUUAGCAACCUGCCAAUCAAAGGGGCCUACAGUAGGACAAAUGUUAGAAUGUGCUUCGUCAAAACAAGACCACUCAGCAUGCUGCAGAGCGAAAGGAGUUAUCCCCGAAUGUGUAGUAUACUGUGAAACAACCCAUGGUGUACCCCCAGACUACACAAAAUAUUUAUUCUGUUUAGGUUCAUUUAAUCCCAUUCGAGACUGCUUCAGGGAAUAUCUUGAGCAUAAUCCAAAUAUUAAAGGUGAUUAUUGA